GACCCUACCUGUACAUACACACUUACUUCUCCUUGUACUCACUUCCGCUUCGCGCUAUAUCCUUUUAAUUUUCUGCUAAGCCUCUCUCCAUGCGCGCGACCUAGCUCAAACACCAUGACCGAUUCGGCAUCCGGCCCCCCUACCGAGGGGAAAUCUACAGACGGCGCAGACCCGCCGAACAAACCAAACCUCGAGGCGGAAUACGACGAUUUUGGACUGCCUAUAAGGAAACCGCGGCCUAGGACGCCGGCGACCCAAACUUCAGACUCAGAAGAGGACGAGUUCAAGGAUGCGUUGGGAUCCAAGUCAGCGAGCCAAGAGAAGGUUGCGCUGCCGGAGAAGGGCACAGUGAGCGCAGAGAACGUGCCUGAACAGAUGCCGGGGACGGUGAAAGAGAAGGCAGAAUCGACACCGGUGGCCAAUGGCCAUAUGGCACUAGAGAUGGACGAACCCGCACCCAAGGAGCAACCCCCGCAAGCCAGGGACGAGACUUCGGGUGGCCCAAAGCCCGCAGGCCCGGUAGACAAGCGCAAGAGUGUCCCACCCGGAACUGUACAUGGACACAAUCCUGCCGCCAUAUCCGAAUACUCCCACCAGCAGCUAGCCCCUAACACACGCGGAGACGAGAAGCGGGAUGAGAACAACGAUGACGAGUGGCAGGCAAUGCCAGCGUAUGCGCACUACGACAUGUAUGAUGAUGAUAAUAAGCUCAUUGCGAAGGAGAAUGUAGAGGAGCUCGAGGACAUGCACGGCUACGGGAAUCUUGGAGGCGCCGCAAAGGGGUAUACGCGUGUGGUUAUGGACGAAGAUGUCGAAUCGCAAACGAGCAUGGAUGACAAUACGGCAUAUCUGUUCAAGGACAAGGGAACGGCUCUGUGGGACGAGGAUGAGGCCGCCCGGGAUCCGCUGUCGCAGAUGCAGACAACCAAGAACCUUCUCACCGAAGGCCAGCGCAUAGCUUACGUCGGCUUGGUCCGGUUAGCCAUGGCGGAGAUGGAAAACAGGCUCUCCGAAUUCGAAAAAGGCAACAAAACCACAAAGAAAGUCGUCGAUUUGGCGCAGGAGACGACCAGGAUGUGGUCUCAGAAGAUGAUGGUCCGGCUAUACUCGCACAUGGAUAUCGACGCAUCCGAGCAAGUCAUGAUAGAGCAACUCUCAGAGCACGGAGUAGUCCCACCCGAUCUGACGCCUGCUCUCAUGCAGAACGCUCGAGUAAAAAAUCCAGCUGCAGAGGAGUCAGAGUCAGCCAAAGACACAGAUUCUGUUAGGCCAUCCAUCUCUUCUCCACGUCCGGAUUCGCAUUCCGAAAAGUCCAAAUCUGCGUCGAGUCUACAUGUUAGUGACCCUUCCAAAAGCCCUUCCCCACCACCCUACCAGGAUCAUGAAGGCGAGGACCUACCGGCGGUCCGAACUCCUUCACAACUUCCUCACACGAAAAACUUGGAUAUUGAUCUCCGGUGGACUAUUCUCUGCGACCUAUUUUUGGUUCUCAUUGCGGAUUCAGUAUACGAUGCCCGCUCGAGACAACUUCUGGAACAGGUUGGAAAGUAUCUAAGCGUCGAUUGGCUUGAGAUAUGCCGCUUCGAAAAGAGGGUUACGGACGCCCUGGAGAUGCAGGAGGAGGCCAACAAAGAGAACUGGAACGAGGACGAUCACAUGGAGAAUCGACGGAAGAGAGCACGCAAUAAGCGUAUUGCCCUGAUGGGACUCGCAACGGUAGGCGGCAGUCUUGUGAUUGGACUGUCUGCUGGUCUUCUUGCACCUGUCAUCGGUGCGGGUCUCGCCGCUGGUUUCACCACCAUAGGUGUAGCUGGUACGAGUGGUUUCCUGGUCGGCGCGGGCGGCGCAGCCAUCAUUACGACGACUGGGGUCCUCAGCGGCGGCACGAUCGCUGUGAGGGCUGCGGACAGACGGACAGGAGCCGUCAAGACGUUCGAAUACAGACCGCUCCAUAACAACAAGAGAGUUAAUCUUAUUGUCACGUUAGCCGGGUGGAUGAACGGUAAUCUCGACGACGUCCGGUUGCCUUACAGUACGGUAGAUCCCGUCAUGGGAGACAUAUACUCCGUGCUUUGGGAGCCCGAGAUGCUACGAAGUAUGGGUGACACUAUCAACAUUCUCGCCACCGAGGCUCUCACACAAGGUCUCCAACAAGUGCUUGGGAGCACGAUUCUUAUUGCGCUCAUGGCUGCUAUCCAACUGCCCGUUGCCUUAACCAAAUUGUCAUACCUCAUCGACAAUCCGUGGACUGUUUCCCAAGCCCGAGCAGACAUGGCUGGGCUCAUUCUCGCUGAUUCUCUCAUCGAUCGCAACCUCGGAACCCGGCCUAUCACUCUUGUUGGGUUCUCGUUAGGCUCUAGGGUCAUCUAUUCGUGUCUAAAGGAGCUUGCAAAACGAGGAGCUGUGGGUCUCGUGCAGAAUGUCUACAUGUUCGGAACACCAGUCGUUGCCAAUAAGGAAGAGUACACCAGGUCAAGGGCUAUCGUCCCCGGUCGAUUCGUCAACGGAUACGCGACAAAUGACUGGAUUUUAGGCUACCUGUUCCGAGCGACUAGCGGUGCAAUUUCGAAAGUGGCAGGCCUUGCCCCGGUUGAAAUCCCAGGUGUCGAGAAUUUCAAUGUCACCGAGCUAGUACCCGGUCACAUGGCCUACCGAACGGCUAUGCCUAGACUCCUCCGCGAAGUCGGCUGGAUAGUCGAAAGCGACGAAUUCUCGGAAAUCGAAGAUCCCGACCCAGAAAAUCACGAGAAGCGACAGCGAGAGCUCAUUAACGAGAUUGAAGAAGCUCGCAAAGAGCUAGAGAAGAAACCAGAAAAGAAAGGUGCAUUCAGCUUCUGGCGUAAGAAGAAGGUGGAGAAGAAGGAGUGGGAGGUGUAUGACGAGAAGUCGCAGGCGGCCGGAAUCAACAAGGAUGACGAUCCGGCGAAGAUUGCAGAGAAUCCAGUACUGUUUGACAUCGAUGCCAUCAAAGCUGAAGUGGCAGCUCUCUCUGCAGAUGGUAUCGAAGUCAAGGAGAUCAAAAGCACCCUGCCGCCGAUGAAGAUCGACAUAGCCGCAACAUCGCCGAGCCCGUACUCCUCCCUUCGCGAAACUAAGAGUUACAACGACAGUUUAGGGGUAGCACCUUUAUCGAACUUUGGCGGCAGCACGAGCAAUCUCUCAACGCACUCCAACGGUGACCCCUCGACCAACGGUGCUCUAAAGAAGAGCUUUGAAGAGUACGACGAGAUGGCUGACGGUGGGGGAGGCAUGACGAUGACGUUCGACUCUUCAUUCAAAGAUGCCCCACCAGUACCCGCAUCAAAAUCACCUAUUCCUUCUAUUCCUUCAUAUGAGCCUCCGGCAAAGGCGUCUUGGGAUACACCAAGCUGGAACGACACACCCGCAGAACGGCCAGCGCUACGAUCGUCAGCCACGGCGCCGAAUCCGAACGUUAACCUAACCCCUGGGUACAACGCCUGGGCAGACGAAUUCGAGGACGACUUUGGGAAGGAGAGGGAGAUGAAGAUGACUUUUGAGUAAAGACUUCGCUUGCUUGCUUCAUGUCGAUAAUUGGAGAAUGAGGUUGCAUCAAGAUCUGUUGUAUGAUACGCAUUUUCAGCGCGCAUUCAUGGGGCGGCGUUCGGGCUCACUUGUUCUGGGUCAUUCACCACUGGCAUGGGCGGUAGCCCUUUUGCAUCUAUUCCUCCUUCAUUUCUGUGUAUUCUAUUCUGAGAUCGAUGGAAUGGAAUACCUUAUCCGUAGUCCACAACAACUCGCGAGAGUAUUUAGUGGG